CCAAUGCUGCGCACUGUCCAAGGCAAGACUGCACUAGAUCUGGCCUACGAGGCCGGUCGAGCCAAGGUCCUCAUCGACAUCAUGCCGACAGAGAUGAUGGUUGAACUGCUAAUGCGCAUCAAUGACGUCGUGCCCCGCGCUGUGCGUGAGGAACUUUCCGCUCAACAGGACAAGAAGGUGUCCCCCGAGGUUCCCGGUGGUCCCGCCGAUGCCAGGCUGCGUUCUCCAUCCCAUGCCACCGGUCCCAAAGCAAGAACUCGUCAGUUUAGUUCGGUCAUCCGACGUACGCCCGACUACAUGAAGAAGAAGAGGGAGCUGCGGGGUAGGGCAAUGCAUGGCGCUACACAGAACCGCUUCUCGCCAGCCGACUUUGAGACCUCGCAGGGCCUAACUUCAGGUCAGCGAGCGGAGCUGUUUUCUGACUGCUAUGAAAACGGUACCGGUGUCUACUCGCACAUUCAAAGUAAUUUUGCAACCAACCUAAAGACCCAUGACUUUUUGACUAUUCUACGAAGCCUGACGGGUUUGGUCGUGUUUGAGCAGCUCUCUGUGGACGGUGUGGUCCUUCUGGCUCCACUGCACACUUCUCUUCUCUUCCUGGCCGUUAUUUGUGGCCGAUUUAGAAUAGCGGAAAUGCUGUUGCGAAUGCGCCAGUUCGAUCAGAUCCCCGCCUGUGUACUGGUUGUCCUGAUCCUGAAUAGACUUUAUCGAGAACCUACGUUUCCAGAACAGGUAAGAUUUCAAUGCAGCCCUUAA